AUGACGUCAUCUCUUUAUGUUGGCCAAGAUAGUUAUUACUCCAACAACUUUAUCAAGGACUUUACUGAGACCAAACGUUUGGGUGUGAGGAGAGGAGACUACAGCUGUAACUUGACCAUAUCCAAGACAGAGCCAGGGGACUCAGCUACAUACUAUUGUUCCACUACAGCCAUCUAUGAGCUCACAUAUGGAGAGGGAACUGUAUUAAUUGUCAAAGACUCAGAGUCCAACAGCAUGUCUUUGCUCCAGCAGCCUGUGUCUGAGACAGUCCAGCUAGGAGACUCUGUGACUCUGAACUGUACAAUACACACUGAGACCUGUGUAGGAGAACACAGUGUCUAUUGGUUCAGACAUGGCUCAGGAGAAUCCAGUCCAGCAAUCAUUUACACCCAUGGAUACAGGAGUGAUCAGUGUGAGAAGAGACCUGAGGCUGGGUCUCCUACACAGAGCUGUGUCUACAACCUCCCCAAGAGGAACCUCAGCCUCUCUGAUGCUGGGACUUACUACUGUGCUGUGGCCUCAUGUGGGGAGAUACUGUUUGGGAACGGGACCAAGCUGGACAUUUUAUUGGGAGUCACGUUCACCUUGAUCAUUGUCCUGGUUUGCAUCAUGUACAAGAUGAACAACACAACAUGUGUGCAGUGCAGAGGACUCGUCUCACAGUCCAGAGGUUCUGCAGUUACCAGGUUAGACACAGGGGACCAAGAUGGAGACAGUCUCCAUUACGUAGCUCUGAAUCUGAGCAACAAGAAGAACAGGUCUAGAAGACAGAGAGGUCACAUGGAGACAGUGGUGUACGCUGGAAUUAGACAGUAAAACUGGAUGAAUGACACAAUGAUCCUUUCAUACUAGAUAACUCUUUAAUAACUAGUUCUAGCUUCAUCAACUAUCUAUGAACGAAUAAGCAGUCAAAUGUGAUGAAAACAGUGGUCAUAGCUUUAUUGUUAUUCAAAGUUGAAAUAAUUGAUUGCAUUGCUUCUCUGACAACAUUUUUUCUUUUAAUAAUAAUAAUACUAAUAAUUUCGGACGGUGCUUAUAUUUGUCUUGGUACCCAAGUGUGUAAUGGAAAUGUUAUUUUUAUGCUAAUCCCAACUCCC